AUGGCCGAAAAACGCAGACUUUCCGCUCGCGAACGCCGCGAACCGGCGUCGAAGCGACGAGCCUCCGAAGCACCCUCUCAAUCACAAUCUACACCAUCUUCAUCAAAGAAACGGGCCUCGACUGCCGCCGCGCCCCCGACUCCAACCCCACCCCCUCCCCCUGUCGAGGUUGUUGAAAAUCCCCUGCCAACAAAAAUCAAAGAUGGGGAGGGUCUCCCAACCGUACCAUCACCCCAGCUGGAGAUGCUGUCCGCGAAGGAGUACCAGUCAUAUGCGGAAAGUGCGGUUCUCCUAGCUUCGUUGGAACGAUCAAAAAAGAAAUGGCUCAGCGACGGCAUCCUCGUGCGAUACUGGACAAAACCAAAGAAGACCAAACGAGAGCAGAUCGAGGGCAAAAACCCUCCCAAGGAAUCCAUGUCGAAGGUCGGCCCUUGUAACAUUGCUGUCGGUCCUCAUCUUUUCGAUGCUAUGCUGUACACCGUCAAAGACCCCAAUGCGCCACCGCCAAUUCAAUACACGCCCCCUCAGCGGCCGAUGGUUCACUACGGCCACCCUAAUAAUUUCCAGCAAUACCAACCCUAUCCUACUCCUCCUCAGCAUGCACGACAACAUCCCCCUCAAAAUCCACCCGCUCACUCGGCAACACCCAACCAACCUCCUCCUCAACGCCCAUCUCAAUCAGCCCAGCGACCGUCACCAUCCCAGCAUUCACAGGCCCAGCCUCCAAAGCCUAGUCCGGACCCAGUGAUUCAGAUGCUUGCUACCCGAGCUGCCUCAGACCCGGAUCUGAAGGCGUUGAUGAGAGUGGUCGCCUCGAGCAAAGCGUCUCAAGAACAGCUUCGAGCUUUUCAGGCCCACAUCGACGAGCUAAAUGCGAUUAUUCGCGCAAGAGAGCAACAACAACAAAGACAGCAACAGCAACAGCAAUCCCACCCCCCAACGCCUAAUCAGCCACAGGCAUCGCCCCGGACACCGCAACAGACACCGCAACCGCCACCGCCAUCCCAAAAGCCUUCACAGCCUCCACAACCUCUGCAGCAGCCAAGCCAGCAACAGAAUCAACAACAAAAGAAGCCUAGCACGCCAUCGCAACAACCAGCACAACAGCGAUCACAGGAACAGCCUUACCCACGAGUUGAGAUCCAUGUACCUAAACCACAACCGUCUCUAGUUUCUACGCCUCAACCCCCAAACGCAAGUGCAUCGGACCAAUCCCAAACCCCUUCACAAAAGCCCAGUAUAACGCCACAAGUCAAACAAGAGUCUGGGGCUGCAGCCGCUCAGCCCUCGCCCACUGCAGAACCAUCCGCAAACACUAAGCAACAGAGUCCUGCGGUGCGGCCUAUGGCACCUCCGCAGAACCAAUCCGCUGGAUCGCGACCAGGGCCUCCAUAUCCACCUUACCAGCAGCCGCCGUAUCAGGGCCACCCACCUGCGAUUCAGUCACGGCCUCCGCAAUACGGAUCUCCAGCUCCUUACUAUCGACCAGCUCCCCCCCCACCACCCCCGAGACUGAACUACAAGUCGGUUGUUUUCGAGUUCACAUCACCCUUAACACCGUAUGGAAGUAGCACUUCGGGUCAUGCUGGCUCUGGAGAUCGUUAUCUGUUUCCAGAGUAUACUAUCUUGGAAUGGCUUCCAGACGGGAACACUGUUCUUGCAUCUUUCUUGCUUGUUAGAAAGGUGGAUCUGAAUACCCCCUUCCCUAUAGAGACAGCAUCAGAGGUGGCAAACUCGCGAACUAAAGGCAAGUCGGCGUCAAGAUCGAAAAAAGGAGACAAAAGUAAAGACAAAGAUAAAGAGAAGGAUAAAGACAAAGGCAAAGAAGGCGAAAGGUUGGAGGAGAAGGAGAAGGAGAAGGAGAAAGGGGAGGGUAAUGCGCAGCCUCCUACCAGCCAGAUUGCCGCUACUGAUAGUAAACCGACUCCAACUGAAGAGGAAAAGCCAGCUGGCGGUCAAGUUGACCAAAAGGCUCCGCAAGCCACUACAAUAAGUCAAGCUGACUCGAACAAGCCUCAGCCGAAAGACAAACCCGAAGAUGCGGCUAAGGCUUCCAACUUGAAAGAGUAUUACCAACCUGUUACAUUCCGCAUCCACAGUUCCAACGCUAAGGUCCUCGAGCCUUUAUCCCGAGUGGUGAAGCCUCCUGAUGAGGUGCGCAAGUACAUGAAUGAGAUCAUGGACCGGGCAGAGCGCGCUCCAGAUGGCUUUCUUGCAUUCCGUCUACCACGCGAAGAAGCAGGUGACGAGCAUGAUCUAGAGGAUAGGAAGAAAAGUGGAACGCCAGUCCCUGUAAACCGCAGCCGGCUCUCUAGGGGUAGAGCGGUUGAUGAUGAAUCAGAUAUUGAAAACAGAGAGGAGCCCGUUGAGGAAGAAGAGGAAGAGGAACUGAAGGAUUCUUAUGGUCCACCAACUGGACUUGUACCGAUGGGUCUAUAA